CGCCAGCGUGAAUUAUCCAAAUAGCUAUGCUAACGGCUGGGGCUGUGGCUGGCGCAUCACUGUGGACCCAGGCAAAGGAGGUUGUGUGGACCACAUAAACCCAGGCCCAUAGUGUCGUUGGGAAACUCCAUGUUGGCGUUCUUCAACACCAAUGACCGCAACACAGACAAGGGAUUCAAAGCCAGGUACCAAGCAGUGGCGCCGGAGAGGGCACCAGAAAUAACCGGAGCCGGUGGCUAUCUCCAAGGUGACCACGGGGUUCUACUGACCCCUGGGUUCCCAGGGCAGAACUAUGAGAACGGGGCUCUCUACCAGUGGAGGAUCACCGUACCAGAGGGGGAGAAGAUCCGACUGACAUUCAUCACCUUCGACCUUGUCCCGGAGGCCUGUAGAGACUACGUCCUUGUUUAUGACGGUCACAGAACUGGCUCCGCCACGUUGGGUCGAUUCUGUGGUGGGAAGAAUCCAGGCAGAGUGGAUUCCAGUGGCAACACGAUGGUGGUGCGUUUCAAAACCGACAGCACUCUGACCUCCAAGGGCUUCAAUGCCACGUACACUAAGACCGGCCUACUUUCGACCACGAUCAAACCAACCGCAAGGCCAACGACCACGAAGCCAAUGACAACAGCUGUAACCAGCAACUCCGGCUGCGGUGGUAUGGCAACGCUGUUUGGCCGUAAAGGGGAGAUCCGUUCUCCGGGAUACCCGGAGUCAUAUCCCGGAGGUCUUCGCUGCUCCUGGAACAUCACAGCUCCGGAAGGCUUUCUGGUCAAACUGCGCGUCACGGACAUGUCCGUCGCGGGGGAGGCGGGCCGUUGCGGAGGCGACCGACUCCUCGUCUCCGAUACCCUCCAGGCGCUCGGGACACAUUGUGGCUAUGUCCUUCCCCCUGUGGUGGUCAGUGUAAAUAACAAGAUGAGUCUGAGUUUCCUGUCCGACUCGCGCCUCUCCGACCGAGGCUUCUCCGCCAAGUGGGAAGCUGUGUAUCCUGAGGACAUCGCUGACAUUCAGGGUUGCGGCGGGGUGUCCCGUGAGGAAGUAGGGGUGAUCAAGUCCCAGAACUGGCCUAUGAACUACAACGCGGCCAGCGAGUGCCUGUGGAGCGUGGAGGCGCCAAAAGGGAAGACAAUCACCUUGUCGUUCACCCAUUUCGAUGUGGAGGGCGAGGACAUUUUCACCUCCAAGUGCUUGGACAACGUAGCGGCGUAUGACAUCCAGAAUGACGCCGCGGAGACUACCAGGCAUGGCCCAUGGUGCGGCGCCAAACUCCCAGCCGACGUCAAGACCAAGGGCAACCGGCUGGUGGUGCGUUUCCAUGCCGACUCCUUCGCGGAGGCUAAAGGCUUCAGAGCUUACUGGACCACGGACACCGCGUUGCCCCCGCCCACGGAGCCCCCGGCACAGCCCAACCCCUGGGAUGACAUCGAGGUCGAGUGGCCUGCCACGUGUGGCAAACCCGCCGUCCCCCCGGUCCUCCACACUCGCAUUGUCAACGGAGAGCCAGCCAAGCCCCACUCAUGGCCCUGGCAGGUGUCCAUGCAGGUUUGGCCUAGCAGCCAGGAGAAGCCUGUGUUCUUCCACACUUGCGGAGGAACCCUCAUCCAUAAGAACUGGGUCGUGACAGCCGCUCAUUGCUUCAUACGGUACGCCGACGAACUGCGGCGCUGGAAGAUGUGCCUGGGCAAACACAACCUGACGUUCGCCGAGGACACGGAGCGGUGCCUCGGCGUGGCGGCCAUCUUCCGACACGAGGGAUUCAAAUACCCCACGGUGCCCACGGUCGAGUUUGACAUCGCUCUCGUGAGGCUGGAUGGGGAAGUGACCCCCGGCGAUCAUGUCUCCUACGCCUGCCUGCCCUCCGCGGAGGAAGUCCUGGAGGGGGGGAAGAAGUGUUAUGCCACCGGCUGGGGCGACGAAACCGGCGAUUCCAUGAACCCCAAAGUGGCUGAGGCCCUGAACCAGGUGGCCCUGCCGGUUGUGCCUUUCAACACCUGUAAGAGGAUGGACUUCUGGUGGUUCCAGGUCAAGACCUCAAUGAUCUGCAUGGGCUACACUUUGCCUGACCAGCUCAAGUCUGUCUGUCAGGGGGAUUCGGGCGGGCCCCUCGUGUGCCGGGAUGCUCCCACUUCUCCCUGGGAGGUUCAUGGGAUCACCAGCUUCGGUCCCAUCGGCUGCAUCGUGGACAAGAAGCCCAGUGUGUUCACGCGCACCUCAGCCUACAUACCCUGGAUGGAGGACACCCUCCGCAGGCACAUGUACAACCAGCACACAUCGGGCUGUGGUGGGCCAAAGGACAUAACUGGAACUAGUGGCGAGUUAUCGAGCAUGCAUUACCCAGGCAGCUAUAGUAAUGGUGGCCGCUGUCAGUGGCAUAUCAAGGUGCCCGAAGGCAAACUGGUCCACCUGCACUUCCACAACUUCUCCCUGGAGGACACUCAGUUCUGCCUCAACGACAAGGUCACAAUCAAUGACAGUUUGGACAGCCUAGGUACCUACUGUAGCCACACGCCUCCUCGGGACCUGGUGAGUAUCGGAGACAGACUGAGCCUCUACUUCACAUCCAACAACAAGGUAGUGGACACUGGAUUCAAGGCCUCCUGGAAGGCUGUGGACCCCAUUGAUGCUCCGUGCGGAGGUCAUUUCACCCGUGAGCAGGGAGAACUCACGUCCCCUAACUGGCCCGACCACUACCCGGACCAGACGGCGUGUACUUGGCAUAUCUCCGUGCCCUCGGCCGUGAGCAUCCACGUGGUGUUCACCCAUUUCGAGGUGCAGGCUCAGAACCGCCUGGGGCAGUGUCUGGACUAUGUGGAGGUCUACGGAGGAACAGGCUUGACCUCACGAGGCCGCUUCUGCGGCUUCGCCCCGCCCCCAGCGGUUACGGUCGCCGGCGACACUGCUGUAGUCCGUUUUGUCAGCAACAAAGCCAAAGCGGAGAAGGGUUUCCGCGCUUACUGGACCACCGAUCCCAACGUUUUCCCCACUCUGCCUCCCGCCCCCGCUAACCCGUGGGACAACAUCACCGUCAGCUGGCCUGGGACAUGUGGAAGCCCCGCUGUGCUCCCUAGUAACGCCACGCUGAGGGUGGUCAAUGGGGUAGAGGCCGUGCCCCACUCCUGGCCCUGGCAGGCUUCCAUGCAGGCGAGUCCGUUCAGUCCUAUACCUUACAUGCAUGGUUGUGGAGGCUCUCUGAUCCACGAGGAAUGGGUUCUCACGGCUGCUCACUGUUUUAUGGCGCCUCUUGGGAACCCCACCUUUUGGCGUGUGUGUCUGGGCAAACACCACAUGAACUCGUCCAAGGACAUCCCUUCACACGAGGCCUGUUACAAGGUGGACGGCAUCGUGAGACACAAGGGCUUUGUGUACGAGCAGGACAAGACAGACAUCUCUAAUGACAUUGCGCUGGUGCACCUGAGCACCCCAGUCACCAUGACCAGGGAGACCAGUCCCGUGUGUCUGCCGGCCCCUGGAGCUCUGAUGCCCGCUGGGAAACACUGCUACGUCACAGGCUGGGGCGACGAGAAAGGCAACCUCUUCCCGGUCGUAUCUCAGAAGUUGAACCAGGCCGCCCUGCCCAUCGUCCCCUUCUCCACCUGCAGUAAGCCGGCCUACUGGUGGGAUUCCCUGAGGCCCUCCAUGAUCUGUGGUGGCUACGAGGCCCCAGACGAACUCAAGUCAGCCUGCCAGGGGGACUCCGGGGGACCCUUCGUCUGCCAACCCUCGGCCUCUGACCCUUGGGAGGUGCACGGAAUCGUUAGCUUCGGCCCCUUCGGCUGUAUUAAGGACAAGAAGCCCUCGGUCUUCACCCGAGUGUCCUCCUUCAACGACUGGAUCCACGACAACAUAAAGAGGUUCAACUAUGAGAAGUCCAGAAACUAAGGCGAAAAUCACUGACCUGAGAACUGUGUUGAUUUUAGGUAGUGUGGGUCAGAAUUGCACUCUGACCACAGAUCUACACCAAAAAAAAUUACAAAAUAUUGGUGAAUCCUUUAAGGGUUCUUGAUUGAAACUGCGGUACAACCACUGUAACAAUGUUCUUUCAAAAAACCUCCUUCUAAUGGUUCCUUACAGAACCAUUAGAAGAACUGACCCCCCCUCAAAAAAAUCAACCCUCAAAACUAUUACAACAGGGGUUCGGGAUAAAAUUAGCAGUUCCUGUUAGGGGCCACUUUUCCUUUAACCUUUGACAUUUCAGGUUUAGUCUUACUCCGUAAGGAUUUUAUUGUGUAUAUGUAGACCCCUCUACAAGUGAUUGUUUUCACAGGUCUGACGCUACUUCCUGUUUGCCCAGGUUCUGUAUUAAACUGUCACCGUGUUGAAGUAACUUGAUCGUGUGUCAUGUUGUAGUUGCUUCCUCUCCAAAUGUAAGAUAUAAAAUCCUUGUUUUACAUAUUUCUUUACUGC